AUCGUCCCACCGCGGGCUAAGAGAGCAGUGUGCAACCCUUGGCCGACCCAACGGAAGGAUCCUAAGACAAACCCGGGAGUGUCUUCUGAGAGUAUCAUUUCUAUCCACGGCCUCUUCGACGCUGCGUGUUAGCACAAUGACCCAACCUGCCGGCGAGCCCGUCGGCGACAUGAAAUGGCUUGUCCUGAGGCUCCCCGUUCCCCCAAACACCAUCGCACGGCUCGGCACCGUCCUGUCGGAACCUGAGAACCUCGAGAGCUUCCUCAACAGGAAGGAGAUCCCCGAAAUUGACCCAGAUGACCGGCAAGACAUGUCCAACAUUGUGAAACUCCAUCUCGGGACAGAGCUGAAGAAGAAGGACAGCGCCCUGGCGAGUGCCGUGUCCAAGUUUCCCACCUUCGUUGGCGCCGGCAUUUCGGCGGACGCACACCGCGAGCACACCUGCAGCACGACGGUCGAUGCCCUGCACGUGAAGGCUGAGGUCCUCCUGCGGGCCGACAAAGAGUAUAUGCCCACGGCCCUCAAGAGCCAGGGCGUGCUCGACUAUCUGCGCGGGUGCUACUUCCGCAAGCCGCUCUACAUGGUCGUCGGCGUGGCGACAGCAGGCCGAUAUACUCGCACAGAGACCCAGGAAAGAAGCAGCGGGGCCGGUACGUCUGGCAACGUCAAUGUGCCGGAUAUCGCUGAGGGCGAGGCCAGACUCAGGCACGAGACGGGGGCCCGCGCCAACACGGAGCUCGAGGUCGAAGACGAAUGCGUGUUUGCCUACCGCAUUAGGCAGUUUUCCUACGUGAAGUUCCUGGGGCUCCACGAUCAAGGGGACAGGACGCAAAAGGCCAUGUUCGACCCGGGGCAGAGCGGGCCGGCCGCGCGGAAGGACGAGGUGGAGUUGGCGAAGUUUGAUAGGCAGAAGCCGCAAGAUUUUCAUUCUUCAACUGAGAUGCGCACGUCAUCAAUUUUCGAGAACCAAGCGGAGGCCAUCGUCAACAUGUUUGAGUCGCGUCAGCCCUCCGCGGCGGAGACCGUCUCCUCGUUCUCUCAAUCUCAGCCAACAGCUUCUUCUAGGGCGACUCGCGUCGAACUCAUUCUCACACCUCCUACGCCAAUAGACGGUCACGUUACCGCCAGACAUUACGAUGAAGACACCAAUAAAGAGGUCAUUCAACUCGACAACAUAGUCGAAGAAAAGGAGGUCUACUACGGCAACGAGAUUUCCGACGAGAAACAAGUUUAUCAUGAGGGCUCGAAAGAGGCUGUCUACAUCGCCCAGGCAGGGAAUGUUAAACCCCAACACUUCGAUGGGGACGAGAAAGAGGUGUAUCAUCCACAAAUCGUUUACGAUGGAGCUGAAAAGGAGGUGGCACCGUCACAGUACUGGUCUGCGCAGUCCAGGCACGAUAUGACGGAAAAGCAGGUCUUUGGUUCCGACAAGACAGACGCCCACUAUGACAACCCAAAUCAGCGUCACGACCAUCAGCAAGAGCCAGCGAUAUCAGAGCAUUCAACGGAAACUCAGGACAGUGAAGAAACCUCUAAGGUUCAAACCCGUCUCAACAGCAUGAGCAAAGCCGUCGAUCAACGCGCAAAGGCUUUGUCAAAAUUCGCCACGAAAUCAAACACCCGUCUCCGCGAGGAAUAUGCCCGAAUCGGACAGACCAUCACGGAUCGCAGCGUUGCUGUUGAGCAGGGAGCUACUGGACGAUUGAAACGUCUCGAGCAAGGCUUCAGCAAACGGUUGAAUCGGAUGGAGGAAGGGACUACCAAGCGCCUCAAUCGUUUGGAGGAUGGGUUUAAUAACCGCGUCAUUCGUGCUGGGCAGAGCGUUGAUGGUCAAGUUGCCUUUCUCAAACAGAAUGUGAAUUGCGUCAAGAAAAUUGGCUCUAAAACGCAAAAAGACAACAGUACAAGUGAGGAGAAGAAAGUUGAUUAG